AUGAGCCACGAGCCAUCCAACCAGGCUGCUGCAGACGCCUCUGAGCAGCCGUCAGUCGCGAAGCCCGCCGCGAGCGACGUCACCACCCAGCACGCCAACGGCACCGAGCUUGCGCUGAAACCCCAUCUAGCAUCUAAUACCAUCCCCGCAGCGCCUUCGAUAACAGCUCCGCCGCAGUCAUCUUCCGAGGGCGACAACACAUCCAAAACCAUCGACGGUGCCGAAGCAUCUGCAGCACCCGAGGACCAGCCCAAGAAGAAGCGUUCUUUCCUCAACAUUCCUCGCUCCAACUCGCAAUCGAACGAGGAGCAGACCCCCACCGGUACCGGACUAAGCGGCGCAACCGUGGCGGACUCGGAGAGCAUAGGGCGAGGCUCGAAGCGGAGCUUUCUGGGCAAGCGCCGAGCGGGAAGCACGGCGAGCAGCAAACGAUCGCAGCAUGCCGCAGCUUCGGAAAAGGCUGAGCCGCCGCCACCUGUCCCGGUAGCGGAAAACCGCGAGGGUUCGACGAGAAGCAAAGCGAAGAAAUCGGGAGGUCUGCUAUCGUGUCUGCCAUGCUUUGCGCCCAAGGACGCAGCUCCAACAGGAGAAACGACAGAAAACGUCAAGAAAGUCGAGAAGGCGCCGCCCUCGCGCAACUCGCAGCCUGUGCACAAGGGUGAACCGACGACAGAGUCAAGUACUGCAGACUCAAAGGAGCCUUUGGAUGAGAAGAGUGCUGGUGAGACCCUGGGUGCAGGUCGUGAAGGGUUACACAAUGAUGGUACGGCGGACACACCAUCCCACGACGGUCCUCCCAAGAUUGUGACAAGAAGCUCGUCUAAGAAGCAAGCAGAAACGCCACUUCCACCAUUACCUAACCAGCCUGGUACUUUGCAGACGGGACCAGCAAUCAGUGUUCAAGGUCCUACUCCCGGAACGACUCCCGUGCAGCCGAGGCCGUCCCAUGAACAGCAACAGAUAAUACAUGACCGGACCGAGUCACAGGAGGAGAAGGAUCAGGAUAUUGAGAUGAAUGAUGUGCCUCUCGCCUCAACUGAAGUACGACAUGAAGGCGACGAAGCUUCUACCGACGUCCAAAACGACGUCCCGCCCAAGGUCGACCUUCCUCCCCCCCCGCCACUUGAGCAACGUCAGAUUGCCGUUCACAAUCAGACCUCAGACACCAGCAUGUCUGAACCUCAACAAAAGUACCUUUUGGGCCCCCUAAGACCAGAGUUCAAGGGGAAGAAAUGUCUGGUACUGGACUUGGACGAGACUUUGGUGCACAGCAGUUUCAAGAUUCUGGCUCAAGCCGACUUCACCAUACCUGUAGAAAUUGAGGGCCAGUACCACAAUGUCUACGUGAUAAAGCGACCAGGUGUUGAUCAGUUCAUGAAGAGGGUCGGCGAGCUGUACGAGGUUGUGGUAUUCACAGCUUCCGUCUCCAAGUACGGUGACCCUCUCCUUGAUAUACUUGACAUUCAUGGUGUUGUCCACCACCGCCUUUUCCGAGAGAGUUGUUACAACCACCAAGGCAACUACGUCAAGGACCUCUCACAGAUUGGCCGAGACCUCAAGGACACCAUCAUCAUCGACAACUCCCCCACGUCCUACAUUUUCCAUCCGCAACACGCCGUCCCGAUCAGCAGCUGGUUUUCUGAUGCUCACGACAAUGAACUUCUCGAUCUGAUCCCUGUGCUCGAGGACCUUGCCGGCGCUCAGGUCAGCGAUGUCAGCUUGGUGCUUGAUGUUGCGUUGUAG